AUGUCGGCACCAUUCUCCCCGAGUAUAAUGGACGUGCCAUUGCCGAGGGAUUUUAGGUUGCCCGCCAUCAAGCCAUACAUGGGGACCACCGACCCGCGUGUUCACAUGACGAGAUAUAAGGCUGCUAUGGUAAUGAUCGGGGCGGGGGAUGCCGUCAUGUGCCGAGCAUUCUUGUCCACCUUGGAUGGAGCGGCCCAAGACUGCAACAUACAAUGUAAGAAACCCUUCUCUCACCCCUGCGUAGUAAAGCAAGACAGUGGCGAGAGCCUCAAGGAUUUCCUAAACAAAUGGAAAAAGGAGGUCAAUAAUGUCUACGACUUUGACUCCACGGCAGCGAUCCCGAUAUUUAUCUAUGCCCUAAGAUCAGGAUAUUUCUACAAGCAACUGAACGCUAAUCAACCCCGCUCUUACGAAGAUUUGAUGAGGACGGCCAACCGUUAUGCGGAAGCAAAGGAGGUUGAUAGGAAGAAGAAGGAUGAAGAAGAUGGGCAACAACAACAGCAUCGGCAACCCAUGAACAAAAACAUGUGGCGAAAGGAAGAGGGCCAUGAGCCAUCCCCUUCAGACACAAAGAGGGGGUACGAGCAGAUCAUGGAAGAAGGAGACAAGGAGCAAGAGGUGGAACCCGUCCAGCGCAAAAAGCAUGUUAUUCGCUAA